UUUGCUGAAUGUUCUGUGAUAAAUCGAUAAAAUAAUGAUAAUCAUGCUCCUUAGUUGGAUUCUUCUCAUGAAAGUAAAAUAUAAUUAUCUGCAGACUUUAAAUAAGUAUCAAAAUAUAAAAUAGAAGCUUUUCUAAGUGACAAAUGAAUCUUUCCUCAUUUAUAUCUUUAAAUUAUAAGGUAUAAAUUGUUUCCAUGGACUUGUUACGAACUACUUGAUAAAUUAUUCUGAUGACUAUGCGUAGUAUAAAAAUAAGAAAAAAAAAGAUUCAAUCUACUUGUUACAAAAACGAAGACAAAAAAGCAACUAAAAAUUCAGCUCUAAGUUUUUUAGAGCAUAGAACUGCCUGUUUACUUCUAUAGUACUUCAUUGAAUUGGAAAUAUGAAGAGAUUUGUUAGUGUUCUAUUGUCCAUGCUUGCAUUAAGCAUUGAGGCCACAUAUUACGAAGAUUGUGGAUCAGUGUCUGGAACUGUAGAAAGCGUUGAUGUUUCUGGAUGCAAAGAAGACUAUCGUUGUGAUCUUAUAAUGGGAGAAGAGCAAACAAUCACGAUAAAAUUUAAAUCAAAAGUACCGUCAAAAUCAAUUACAGCAAAGUGUUCAGCAAUAUUAUUUAAUACCAGAAGAGUCAAUAUACCUUUAAACAAUACGAACGGUUGUAAAAGUGGCAUAUCUUGCCCUGUACAGAAGAACAAAGAUUAUACUUACACGGAAACUUUAGAUAUUCCGAGUGGUUUUCCAACUCUUUCUUUCGAUGUUAUUUAUGAAUUACUUGAAGAGAAUAAAACAGAUGUAGUUUGCGUUAAAAUACCCAGUAAGUUAGAAUCUAAAGAGGGUGGUACAGCAGAACCCCAACGACACAUUGAUGAUUCCUUUUGGAGCAGGUUUAUUCAUAACUCAGUACCUCUGAAUUGAAAAAAAUUGCUAAUACAUUAUUUUAAGCACAUAAAGAGUUAUAAAAAAUUACAUUAUAAGAUUAAAAAUUUUAUGAAAAAAAUGGUUUGUUGCAUUUCAACAUUGUUAGAAUUUUUAUUCCAAAAUUAUGGCAAAAUUACCGGCAGCUGUCUGUCCAUCCAAUUAACAGUAAAUUUUGAGAUAAAGAACGUUUUUACCUUUACGAUUUUAAACCGCUUACAACAAGUAUGGUUAAAAAGUCAUGAUUUCAAAACUAUACGGUUUUUAACCAUUUACAACGAGCAGGGUUCCAAAACCGUUAGCAAAUUAACUGGACAUUGCAGAGAGAUUAGCAGCCUUAAGGUACUGUCAUCCAUGCGUUAAGGAGAGUAUCGUAUUCUAAUAACCCAGGGUUAUCAAAUUGGGCAUUGCAGGACACUAAAAACUCUUCAUGAGUUGAAGGGAAUGAGGAAAUAUUGAGAUGGCAACUCCCCUGUUCAAUUAGUCUUGUCUACAGAUUAUCCCUCUCAACUAUAUGUGGUACACGUCUUUCAGGAACUAAAUUGCUUCAUUAAGUGGGUUUAGUUGGUGUGAUAAAAUUUAAAUUGUUUAACCGUAUUAGGUGAAAACACUUAAUAUACGAUUUUCUCACAGUUAACAGUUUAAAUAUCCUCGUAUUUAUGGUUAUUUAAUUACUUCGCUUGAAUAUGGAAACGUAACAACUAAAUUAAUUGCUAUUUAGCUAUUUUUUCCUAAAAAUUUCGAACAAUGUCAAACAUUAUGCAAAAGGGCAAAACAUUGGAUGUUUAAUUUCUGCAACGUUACAAAAAACUGCAUAAAGAUACGUAUUCAAAAGUUGCAAUUCAAUCAAUUCAAUUCAUUCAUUUCAAUUCUAAAAGUUUCAAUCUGAGUAAUAUUCUUGAAAGAACUUGAAUUUAAAAAAUCACCUCAGCGUCGCUUUGUUGUAGAAAAAAAUGAACAAAGUGUGUUAAGAGUAAUGUUACAAGAUUGCAAUAAUUGCCGACAUUAUCUUUCAAAAUUCGAUCGUGGAAAUACUCAUGAUAUUUGUGUUUGUUGCAGAUAUGCAAAAGAGCGACAUAAAGGGUUAAAGAUUCAUUUUAGACUCAGCAGCCAUCGAGUAUCAAUCGCCUUCUCUGUCUAUUGCUUAUUUAGUGGUCAUCACUCUUAUCACCUCCACUGUCAAAAUAACAUUUUUCGAUUUGGUUUAACAGAAUGAGAGAGAUUUUAUGUGCAAUGGCAAAACAUUAAAUAUUUCAUUUCUGGAACAUUAUAUAAAAAAAUAACAUAAAGAUACGGAUUCGGAUUCAAAAAUUUCAAUUCAAUACAUCCAUUUCUAUUCUAAAAAAAUCAAUUUUAAAAUUCGUGAAAUAACUUCAAUUUUUAAAAUCAGCUCAGUAAGGGAAUGUAAUAGAAAAAAAAAGAAAAAUAUGCGUUAAGAGUAAUGUUGAGAGAAUGCAAUAAAUGCCGAUAUCGUCUUUCGAAAUUCUCUUUUGAAAAUACUUAUGAUAUUUGUGUUUGCUGCAGCUAUGCAACAUAGUGGCAUAAAAGGUUAAUGAUUCAUUUUAGAUUCUGAAGCCAUCGAGUAUCGAUCGCCUUCUCUUCCCUAUCGCUGAUUUAGUGGCUAUCACUCUUAUCGCCUCCACUGUCAAAAUAAUAUUUUCUUUUUCUUUUAUAGAAAGAAGGAAAUUUUUAAGCGUUAAGUUUGAUAAAUUUCAUAACCUGAAUAUAUUUUUAUGAAUAAGGACUAUUUGCUUUGCCAAUAUACUAUUCAUUUUUUAAAAUAUAUUAUUUUUUUUGGUUCCAUAACUGUUUUGUUGGCAUUAUUCAUUUAUAAAAUUGAAUACAUUGUACAUUUUUGAUAAGGCACACAUUAUUUAACUGAAGCUUAUACAACAAGAGUAUACAGUUUAUAUUUUCUUACAUUGUUCAGAUUAAAUACUUUUCAUAUUUUUAUAUGGUUCGUUAAUAAA